UUUGAAGUGACGGAUAAUUUUCAAACUACUCCAUAUAAUACGAAACCUUUAUCCAGUUCUAUAAAUAGCGCUGCUUCGCUAAAUUUAUUUUAUCCAUUCACAAGUUCGUUUAACAAUGGAAGUUAUUAACGUUACACGAUUCAUGGUACCUUUUCUUCUUGUUGCAUUAUCAACAAGUUCUUUUUUCCUUGUAAAAGCUCAAGAUGUUCCUGAACCGGUGCUCGACGUUUCCGGUAAUGCUGUCCGGACCGGAGUAAAUUAUUAUAUCCUUCCGGCGGGUCAGGGAAACGGCGGUGGACUUCAGGUGGCAUCCAUUAGGAACCGAACCAACCCGUUAGUCGUAAGCCAACAUGCCGAUGAAUCUUCAAUCGGCGGUUACCUUCAAUUUUCACCUGUGAACCCAAACGAAAACAUCAUCGGAAUAUCAACUGAUCUGAACGUGAAAUUUACGUCUAUUCAUAUCUCUGAUUCGUCUACAGUAUGGAGAAUUAACACUGAAUUAAUUCCGCAGCGUUAUUUGGUGACAGUUGGUGGAGUAGAAGGAAAUCCAGGGCGUGAAACAUUGAGCAAUUGGUUUAGCAUUGAUAGGUACGAGGAUGCUUACAAACUUGUGUAUUGUCCUGGAGUUUGUGAGACAUGCAGACCAUUCUGUGGAGACAUUGGUAUACUUGUUGAAGGUAGCAAAAGGGUUUUGUUUGUUCGUUCUGAUCAACCUGUGAAAGUUACAUUUCAUAAGAUUUAGAAUUACAAAUACUUUACUAUAUGUAGUACUUAGUAUUGGUGUGAUUUCAUUUUAUAUAGUCUGUAUCAGUGAAGGAAUAAGGAGGAAUAUAGUCCUCCACUAGUACUGUUGAUAAUUAAUAAAGAUUGUUAUGUUUUUAUUUGUGAAACUA